AUUAUACCUUUCCCCAGCCCCUCCCCGAACAGCCCCAAGUCUCUCAGCUCUUUUCAGUUCUAACUCUAAUCUGUUACAAACGAACCCAAUCCUAGAGAAAUGACUCUUCCCCUUUGGUGACUCAGUUGCCGACAAACGGGUCACUCUCCUAGUCUUCCCAGUACCGGGGUGUUGGGUGGCGCUCUCCUGCUCUACUCGGUCUGGAGGAUGGAUCUCGCCGCUUGAGGUGUCUGAGUUGUACCCCUCCCCACCCCCAGGCCCUCGGAGGGGGCAGGCAAGGAGCGUGAGGGGGUGGGACUCAGGCGCCGUGGAGUGCAGGCAGAGGGGCUGAGACUCUGGAAUCUGGGAUUGGAGCUGCUCAGUGCCAGUGGCCCCCCCACGAGCAGCACCCGCCCCCCGCCCCCGGUUUCACAGCCGCCGUCUCAGCCCCGGCGGAGAGAUAGGAGGAGUCGAUCCUCAGCUCUGAUCCCCCAGUGGGGCGCUGGGCGCCGCUCCCCUGUCCUGGAACCCUCCUCGAGUUCCAGAGGAGACUUUACUAUGGAGAGUCCGACUCUAUCCUUACUCCCGAGACUGUAAAACCCGGAUUCCUGGCGGGGUGACUUCGACUGCUCUUGAGCCAAUUAAUCCCCUAAGUAACUGGCGCCCCAGUGCGGCUUCCCUCUCCACCCCCCUCCACCCCCCCACGAGUGGGAGGAAGAGCAGCGGCGGCGCCAGCAGCCUGAGGAGCAGCGCUCCCCACCAGCUUUGGAAGAGAUCCCAUUGCCUCCUCCGCUGUUUCAGCAGGGAAGCUAGGGAGGCUGAAACGGUAGACGCGAUCACCUGAAUAGCUGCGAGAGGGCCCCAGGUAUGGGAUUGGCAAACACCUGGGGACAGGAAAAGUAGCGGGGAACGCCAAAUAGGGGAGGCCGGGACCUGUGGUUACCUUCUAGAGGACAGCCAGGUACUGGCUGUGAGAGCAGCGUGGAGCAGAAAUAUCCACGCGUGAAGUCCGGGAGCCAGAGAAGUAGAGAGCAUAGACAAGGAGUCCGAGACCAGUGAGGAGUAAGGGAUCCCUCUCACAAACAGAAAAGCAAGCAACGGGAACCCCAGAAAAAAAUCUUCAGCUUUGUGGGAAACCCAGGACCUGCGACAGGAGUCCUUGGACAUCUGAUUGGCAAGUCCCAAACGCAGGAGCACCAGCUCUGGGCCAAGCCCACCCACGCGUGGAGCACCAGCAGCAGGCCCGAGGCCCAGCGGUACCUUGAACAUUUCUAAGGAGACUCCGGAGUAGCUCCGGGGCGCGGAACCCACCUCCUCAAGCGCCAAGGCCAAGCAAGGGACCAAGGGUAUGUUGAAACCAAAGGAUCUGUGCCCUCGGGCGGGCACUCGUACUUUUUUGGAGGCGAUGCAAGCUGGCAAGGUGCACCUGGCGCGUUUUGUCCUGGAUGCCUUGGACCGUAGCAUCAUCGAUUGUCGGGCGGAGCAGGGACGCACGCCGCUCAUGGUGGCUGUAGGGUUGCCCGACCCCACGCUCAGAUCCCGCUUCGUACGGUUGUUGCUGGAACAGGGCGCGGCCGUGAACCUGCGAGACGAGAGGGGCCGCACGGCGCUGAGCCUGGCCUGCGAGCGGGGUCACCUGGACGCGGUGCAGCUGCUGGUGCAGUACAGCGGCGACCCAGAGGCUGCCGAUUCGGCGGGGAAUAGCCCGGUGAUGUGGGCCGCCGCGUGUGGCCACGGCGCCGUGCUCGAAUUCCUGGUGCGCUCUUUCCGCCGCCUUGGUUUGCGCCUCGACCGCACUAACCGCGCGGGCCUCACAGCUUUGCAGCUCGCGGCCGCCAGAGGCCACGGGCCUUGUGUCCAAGCGCUCACGGGGCCGUGGGGUCGUGCUGCUGCUGCGGCGGCCGCCCGCGCCCGGGGCUCUACGUCGGACAGUCCCCCGGGCCGGCCCAGUGCUGCGCCCAGCCCCGAGCGUCGCCGGCCUAGCCCUCGCCGCCUUCCGCGGCCCCUUCUGGCCCGCUUCGCCCGGGCAGCUGGAGGCCAUGGGGGUGAAACAGGCCCCGGGGGCAAAGGUUCGGGCCGACAGAGAUCGUUCGGCAACGAGCGGCCCGAAUUUGGCCGCAGCAUGAGCUUGGCUCUAGGCUCAGUGACCGAGGAGGAGGCUGCGCGGGUCCGGGCGGCAGCUCAGCUCCCCCGUCCAAAUUCCCCUCAGGCCUCGGGCACAGGGAGGUGGCGCUCGCAGGAGCUAUUGGAAGGCAAGGCUCUGGCCCUAAUCAAGGCUCCUGGUGGGCUUACUCCCCAUCCCGAGGGCGGUCCUGGGAGAGGCCGUCUCGGUCUGCGCCGCCGUUCUACUGCGCCGGACAUCCCCAGCCUAGUGGGGGAGGCGCAAGGGUCAGACGGUGGGCUGGAGCAGGAGCUUGACUCGCUGCCCCUCACUCUGCCUGGCCAGCAGACCCCUUGGCAGGGGGGCACCGAGGCAGACGCAGUGGUCUUGCAAGCCCAGCGGUGAAGAGGCCCCAGGGCGCUUCACCAAGAUUCCCCAAAUCCCAGUUCUCCUGUGCUGGAUCCAUAAAACAACCCAGUUCCUUUUCCCUGUUGAUCCUCUCACCUCUGCAAGGGCCAGAGUUGCUCUCCUCCUUAUAGGGCCAUCCAAAUUUCCUGUAACUCCCAGGUCUGCUUCUCUACCCCAGUCAUCCACCAGAGAGGCCUUGGCCUCUAAGUCCCCCUGAGGGGCUUGCACUAUAGUUUCCCUUCCUCCCACGCCCCGUUGUUCCCCCCACUCAACCCCAUCCCUGCCCACCUUUACAUUUUGUUUAGAUUUUUCACCUCCAUCCAGUGGGCCAGCUCUUUCCUUUCCUUUUCUUCCUUUUGCAGUCAGUAAAAGCAAGGAGAAGAAAAACUAGUACCCAACAGACUCAGGGCCCACGAUCUACAUUAACCUGAAGGUAUAGUAACUUUGAGGGUCUUAGCCUGUUAGUGAGACCUAGAAUCAAUGACGGUUAAAUUUGAAAAAAAAAAUCUCAGAGCACAUUUGUUCCAAUCUGUUCCUUUCAUAAAUGAAAAACCAGGACCCAGAAGAAAUUAAAUGACUCUCCCAAUUCAUACAGGUAGUGAAAGAGUCAGAAAUCAAACCUAAGGCUUUCUAUUCCUUAAUCCCAUGUGUUUCCCUUUGCACCUGCUGGCUCCCUAACCUUUAGCGUUCAUUUAUGCAAACGGUUAGAAAUGCCAGUACAUUUUCUGUGCUGCAACCACAGCAUCUUGAGAGAUUGGGAGAAUGCUUUCUCUGAGUGCUGGCAGCCAUCUGACCCAGGUGUUUGUAAGCUUGAUUCAGGUAGGUCUGUGAUAGUCCUUUCUCUCGCUGCACCAAUAGUGAGGUGCCCCAGUGCCAGGGCAAGGGGAGAACAAAAGGGAGGGGCAUGUCCAGAGACCUGCAGGACGAAAGACUUCUACCUGAAUUCUGUCACUUAUUAUGAAUAUUUGAGGGGGAGAACUCUAUCUUUAAUGACUAUGAAAGAGUAUUUUUCCCCCAAAAGUAGUUAGCCAGGAACGAAAAACACCUAGUUAGGAAUUUUUGCUAUUGUCCUCUAACAUUCUUUAUACCAUAGGAACAUAGAUUUAGAAGUGGUAGGGACCUUAGAAGCCAUCAACUCCAACCUUUUCAUUUUACAGAUGAAGAAAGAGACACAAUGAUUAAGUGGUUUGUUCACGAACAGAUAAUAAGUAUCUGAAAUGAAUUCCGAAUUUAGGUGUCUCCGACUUCAAGCCCAGUGCCCUGUUUGUAGGCUAGGUGUAGUCCUUCCCAAGGUUUGAUUUCCCUGGGCGGGGGUGAGGGGACUGUCAUAAACACCAGACUGCCCUGAAUACCUGAAUACCUUCCCAAACUUUUUUUGCUCUAUUCCCCUCAAACAUCCACAAUCUAGUACUGAACAGCCCAUCAGGAGGAAACAACUAAACCUUUUAGUUUUUAUUGGGUCUGAAUUGAGUUUUUGAGAUAAUGGAAUCCAAAGAUUUCUAAUAGUUAACAUGCCUUUUAUACUCCCAUUUCCCCAAAUCUUCCACUUCAAAUAUCUCUACUUAUUUCUAAGAUACUUAAAGGGAAAAUGCUUCCUUAGUGUUCUUCCGCCCCUGUGCCCCAAACUCCCCCUCUCUCACCACCUGCACAGAAGGUGUUCCUAUCAGUUUGUGCUUUAGAUAUGGGGUUGCAAGGCUUUGAUUAAUUUUUCCCUUCACUUUCAACUAACUCCCAUUUGGAGGCUUUGUAUAUCUAGCAGAAAGCAGCAGGCUUGAUUUGAGGUUUAAGAACCUUGACAAUGUCUCUCUAAAUAGAAGCUCCGCGAGGGAGAUAAUUGACUGAAGUGUUUGUGAUGUUAAACUAAGAAGCAGUGAAGCUGGGAGCCCACACUAACUGCAGGUCCCCGUUUAAAUUACAUCAAACUCCCGCAAGAGCUGGAAGGGAGCUGCUAAAAAGUCUGCAGCUUCUAGCUGGGCUGUAGAUGGAGGGCAGAGCGAUGACGGAUGCUAGAAGUUGAACCCCACAGGAAACCUACUGGUUAUGCCAUUCUGACCCCCCACUUCAUCACCACCCCCGUGGGACGUGGUCCAAUUUCAGCCCCAUUACCGACAGAUUAGUGAGUCAGAAGUAACUGCCAAGAGGUGGUUAAAAGGUUCUUUCUCUUUUCUUCCCUCCUUAUUCCUCCUCCCUCUCCUUCCUCCCUCACUCUUUGCCCUCUCUUUUUGUUAGCCUAGACUAGCGUGCCUGUUUAUAGGCAGGCGCUAGGACCCUGUGGAGGCUCAAGGCCUUCCAGAGAGACUUUGCUGAUGGAAUUUUUGCUACCAGGCUGAUGAAAAAGAUUUGUGGGUGCGUGGGGGUGGAUGGGGGUGGCAAGGUCUUUUUCUGAGUACAAAUUGGGGAAUACAACCUCCAUCCUUGGGUUGGGAUUUUUAGAAAUCUGUGAUACUGGUGGAAUAUGAGAAUUUUUCACCCCACAGUUUCUGAGGUGGAUAACUCUUAUCAAGAAGUGCCAUAUGGAAAGAAAGGAGAUCCUGAUCUCUCAUUCUGAACCAGCAGAGGAAAGGGAGUGAGGAGCUAUCUUUUUUGUAUUGGUCCAUAUGCUUUCCCGGAAUCCCAUUUCCCUUCCCCGCCCCCCCCCCCCAACCUGGCCCUUGAACUCCAGUGACCCUUGGAGGCAGAGAAUGAAGUCUACUUUCCAGAAGGAAGGCUCUUCACACCUCAAAUACUAUUUGCUUUGAUCCCCAAACCAGCCCAACCACAGGCUACUGUCUGUCUCCAAGAUGGUGGUACCUAACCUUAUUCCGUCCUACCUGGUCCUCAGGAUCUGAUCUUUGAUUCCCCCUAGUGGCUGUCAUGUUCCUUUCUCAGCUUGGCCUCGAGGUUUCAGUCUGGUUAAACAUUUUAAAGGAUUGGUCAUAGAGGCAGAGCCAGAAGGGACUUUAAGAGUCAUUUAGUCUAAAGUGACUUGCCUGAGCUUACAUAUGACUGGGUAUAUAUGACUGGACAAAGAUUUGAAUUAAGCUCUUGAUCCACUCCAUGGACAUUUUCCCCAUCCCUCAAGCUUUGGAUGUCUUAAUGUCUAUGAAUACUUUUUUUUUUUUCUCUAUUCUUGGGGAAGGGGUGUGUCAUCCAGCUACUUGAAGACAUUUUGUUGUGGUGAAACGAGGACUCAAAGAAGUCCCUCUAACUAAUCUAUCUGGAGGGGGGGGCACAGAAUCUUUGACAAGAUUUUGGGAAUAUUGUGUGUAACAUUUCCUGCUUCCUGAUUUUUCUCAUUCUCCUACUGCAAAAAUUGCCCUCCUCUAUAUCUUCUAAAAUAUUAGCUUCAAUUUCCAGAGAAUUUCAUGUUGGAAAAUAUAGCUUCCCGCUCAACUCCCUCCUCAAAAAUUGGGGUCUCCCCAGCUGCUCUCCCUUCUUUUCCCCCCAAAUUUUGCCAGCUUCUUUUCAGACCCUUAUUCUAUCUCAGAAUAGUUUCAGGGGGUGGAUGAACCACACAGCUCAACUGCAAACUGCUUCCUUCUGCUACUUGCUUGCUAAACUGCUCCCUUUUUGACUGUUUAAUUUUCAUAUUUAGUACAAGAAUAUAAUUUUUUGUCUCAUCUUUAAACCACAACUAAGCUCAGGCAAGUGCACUGUCCCAGAAGCUGACCCAAUCUUUCCCAGCAUAGCGGACAUGUAGCUUUUGGGUCAAAUGUCACCUUGGCCUUGGUUGCCUGCUAGUUCAGAGUUGCUGAGAGAUUGCUUGAUGAAAGUGAUAUUUCUCAAAAACCACAGCAGGUUUUUCCUGUGUAUACAUAACUCUGUAGGGCCGACUUGUGUGUCUUACUUGUGCAACAUCUAUGGCUGGCUUGCUUUUCCUACAGCUUUGUGCUAAGGCAUAGCCUUGCUUGGAACUUGUCAAGGUCACCACAAUUAGGUAUCCAGAAUCUCUCCUCUUGGCUGGCCAAGGUUUACAGAAUGGAGGUAGAUCAUCUCCCUCACCCUCUCUCCUUUAGGGCAUCAUUCCCAAGCUACUUGGCCCAAUGUAGGCAGGCAGCUUUCCCUAAAAUGUUUUGCUUUCCAAACUACACUGUUUUCAUUGUAAACUAAACCAAAUCCCUGGUCCCAAAGUGGUUCUAGGUAUUGAUCUGUCUGUGGGGCUAAGUGACUCACCCAUACUCUUUUGGAAAAAGAGGCUGUUUUGUAGAAAGAUUAUUCAGAAUAAUAGUUAAUAAAUCCAGUAUUAUUCACUUGAGGAGAUCGGGCUGUUUCAUUCUCUUUGGCUCAGCAGUUGCAAAUGAAUUUCCUUGUUACUUUUGGAGAGACAAAGCAGCUCUCUUAACACUCUUCUGGUGUUGAUUCAGAAUGAACUCACAUCGAGGCAAAC